AUGGAGCGGCCGGGGAGCAACGGGAGCUGCCCAGGCUGCCCAGGGCUGGAGGGGGGCCCGGCGGCGGGAGCCGCCACCGGCCUGGCGGCCGUGCUUAUCUUCACCAUCGUGGUGGACGUGCUGGGCAACGCGCUGGUCAUCCUGUCUGUGCUGCGGAACAAGAAGCUCCGCAACGCCGGCAACAUCUUUGUUGUCAGCUUGUCUGUUGCAGACCUCGUGGUUGCAGUUUAUCCAUACCCCCUCAUCUUAAGUGCCAUCUUCCACAAUGGAUGGACCAUGGGAAACGUCCACUGCCAGAUAAGUGGGUUCCUGAUGGGCUUGAGCGUCAUCGGGUCCAUUUUCAACAUCACGGCGAUCGCGAUCAACCGCUACUGCUACAUCUGCCACAGCCUUCGGUACGACAAGCUCUUCAACCUGAAGAACACCUGCUGCUAUCUCUGCCUCACCUGGACACUCACAGUGGUGGCAAUUGUGCCAAACUUCUUUGUUGGCUCCCUGCAGUAUGACCCCCGGAUUUACUCCUGCACCUUUGCGCAGACGGUGAGCACGUCGUACACCAUCACGGUGGUGGUGGUUCACUUCAUCGUCCCACUCUCUGUCGUGACCUUUUGCUACCUACGGAUCUGGAUCUUGGUGAUUCAGGUCAAACACCGGGUGAGGCAAGACUGCAAGCAGAAACUCAGGGCGGCUGACAUCCGAAACUUCUUGACUAUGUUUGUGGUUUUUGUCCUUUUUGCUGUGUGCUGGGGACCAUUAAACUUUAUUGGCCUUGCUGUUUCAAUUAAUCCUUCAAAAGUGCAGCCACACAUUCCAGAAUGGCUUUUUGUCCUGAGCUAUUUUAUGGCCUAUUUUAACAGCUGCCUCAAUGCUGUGAUCUAUGGGCUUCUUAACCAGAAUUUUCGGAAGGAAUACAAAAGGAUAUUGCUGACACUGUGGACUCCCAGGCUGCUGUUCAUUGAUGUGUCCAAGGGUGGGACAGAAGGGAUGAAAAGCAAGCAUUCUCCAGCCAUAACAACCAACAACAACCAUGCUGAAAUACACCUAUGA